AUUAUGAUACACAAAAUUAGAGUAGUCUUGCUUGUCAAAAUGUCAUCCUCUUUGAUUAUUUUGGAAAAAACUUGAAUUGAGAAAAAAGUUAUAAUGUUACUUACAACAUACGCUCCCCAAUUUUCUUGCCAUUAACUGAACGGCUGUGAUUCAUCCGCGCAUGCAUCUUUCCGAGAGAAUACGUUAGGGGGUUCAGCAAUAAGAAGCCGUAGAGUUCUUUCCCUUCAGCGUUCUAGGGUUUCACCAAGUUCAAGUUUCUCAGGUAUGGCGCCCGAUAAUUCUCUUCCUUCUUUGCUCGAUCGCUCUUCAGAAAAAAUCAGAUUUCCUGCUUCAUAGCAUCUCGUCUUCCGGAUUUCUUUGGCUCUGUUGCUUUCUUCGCUAGUUCGAUGUGGUUCGAGAUUAUGCAUAUUCUCUGAUUUUCUUGUUUCCGGGCCUCUGAAGAAAUGGCGCGACCGGUCUUUGUUGGCAACUUUGAGUACGAGACGAGGCAGUCCGAGUUGGAGCGCUUGUUCAGCAAGUAUGGAAGGGUGGAUCGAGUGGACAUGAAAUCUGGUUUUGCUUUUGUCUACUUCGAGGAUGACCGUGAUGCUGCGGAUGCCAUCAGGGGACUUGACAACACUCCAUUUGGUUAUGACAGGCGUCGGCUGUCGGUGGAGUGGGCUAGGGGAGAACGUGGCAGGCAGAAGGAAGGAUCGAAAUACCAGAGACCUACAAAAACACUGUUUGUGAUAAACUUUGAUCCAAUUCGUACAAGAGUUGAAGAUAUAAAAAAGCACUUUGAACGCUAUGGAGAAGUUCUUCAUGUCAGAAUCCGACGCAACUUUGCAUUUGUGCAAUUUGAGACACAAGAAGAUGCUACCAAAGCCCUUGAAAGUACACAUUUGAGCAAGAUAUUGGAUAGGGUGGUGUCGGUUGAGUAUGCUUUGAGGGAUGAUGAUAGCCCUCCUAGAAGGGGUGGAAACAGCUACAGAUCACCAAGUCCUGCAUAUCGAAAGCGUCCCAGUCCCGACUAUGGCAGACCAGCCAGCCCAGUCUACGAUAGAUACAAUGGCCCGGCAUAUGAUCGUCGUGGUAGUCCUGAUUAUGAUAGGCGCAUCAGGAGUCCUUACUAUGGCAGGAACAGAAGUCCCGAAUAUGACCGAUACCGGAGUCGAUCGCCAGUCAGAAGAUCGAGGACCUGAAGACCAUUGGGAGAGGAGACACCUUUUGCCAGCAUGUGCCCCAUUUAGUUAACAGUCGCUAGUGAUACUCCUUGUAAAGAGAUGUCAUUUCAAAUGCAGGUUCUCUUCUAUAUGAUGUUUUGGUAAACAGGGAUUUGUUAUGGCUGCACGGUGUUCUUUCUUUAUGUGCAUGGAUUGGAACAGACUACUUCUUGGCUAAUGUUCUUCUACCUAUAGAUAUCGAUUGUGUGAAAUUGAUGAAUGAGUUAGUUUGCCAACUAUACGCUUGUCUUUCUUUUCUCUCCACAGAGAGUGGUCAUGUUGUUUUGGCUAUGCUUAUGCAUGCAAUCAUAAUCAUCACUGCUUACUAGGAUCAGUGUUCCAUAGGUACACCCAAAUUCUUUUGAAUUUUUUUUAUGAUGCGACUUUUCAUACUUAACAACUCAGGCAUUUGGAGAAAUAUCGGAUAGCGGUUAACCGAUUGGUUACAAUGAAAAAUGGUCGGUUAUUCACUAACCGAAAAUCGGUUGGUAUUUGGAGGGAUGGGCGAGAUGCUUUUGGUGUUGGGGGUAGCUUAGUUAACUGAAAAUCGAGAUAAUUGAAGCCUCAAGGCCCUUUUUUGGUCGGUGGUUUGGUUCAAUCGAUAAUCGAUCUUUCGGUUUUCGAUUAUAAUCGAGCCGACCGAACUCCACCUUAUAAGAAAUCUAGAACGCGGAA